GUCAAUCAAUUUUUUUUAUUAUUAUUUUUCUAACCUUCAAAGUCAAAUUCGAGUUGUGGAAGAAGUUUUUCUGGAAAAAUGUUACGAAAAUUGAUUAAUUUCAAUGUUGUAAAUGUUGUUGUCAAGCCGCAUAUAACACCAUUUCGAUGGAUGUCUAUGUAUUCUCCUGAUUUCAUUGAACCGACCAUAAAAAAGGAUGAUAUAAAACGUUUGAAAGAUGAAAAUCGGUUCGAUUCUCUCACACACAAAAAAAUUAAAGCGGCCAAAACAAAUGAAUCAUCAUCGUUGCUGUACGAUCCACUAGUGAAUAAAUUCACCAACUUUAUCAUGGAAGGUGGAAAAAAGGAAUUAGCACGCGGAUUAAUGGAAAAAGUAUUUCAAAAUAUUAAACGAAAUCAGUUGGAGCGUUACAAUUUGGCCAAAGACGACGAAGAACGUGAAGCAAUUGAAUUGAAUCCGCGCGUUAUACUUCGCAAUGCCGUUGAAAGUUGUCGCCCAGUGAUGCAACUAGUUACUGUUAGACGUGGUGGCACCAAUUACAAUGUUCCCGUUCCGAUUACAGAAAAUAAAUCAUAUUUUUAUUCAAUGAAAUGGUUAAUAGAGGCUGGCACCGAUAAGGCCUUCAAUGUUCGUUUUCAUGACAAACUUGCAUGGGAAAUUCUGGACGCAGCCAACAAUACGGGACGUGUCGUGAAACGAAAACAAGAUUUACACAAAUCUUGCGAAGCCAAUCGUGCGUACGCUCACUACAGAUGGGUUUAAUAGUUCAAAUGGUGUCAUGUGGCUAGAUUCAUUUUUGUAUAAUUCAAUAAGAAAUAAAUAAAAUCGUAAAUAGAAUUUCUGUAUCUCAAAAA